AUGACGGUGUUAACAAUAUCUUCAACCUAUGGAGUGUUACAGUACAAACCCUUAAACCCUAGCCUGGGUUUUACUUUCCCAAUUUCAGCAAAAUGAUGAAUCGCAUUGCAUCAAAAUGGAACCUUACCAACACACUUCGUUUCUUCUCUUCUUCUUCUUCAUCUUCUCCAACCGAUUCCCUCUUCUUACGAAUUUCCAGAUCCGGCGACCGUGCCAUCCCCAUGACUCCUCUCCUCAAUCAAUGGCUUCAAGAGGGCAAACUCAUCAACUACUCUGAGCUUCAAUUUUUCAUCAAGCAACUCAGAGCCUCUCGUCGCUUCAAUCAUGCUCUUCAGAUAUCAGAAUGGAUGAGCAAUGAAAGGAAAUUUCAUUUAUUAUCUGGAGACAUUGCUAUACGUCUUGACUUGAUAUCUAAAGUCCGCGGUCUAGAGGAAGCGGAGAAAUACUUUAGUACUGUUCCGGAGGCUUCAAGAGAUUUCAAGGUCUAUGGUGCUCUUUUGAAUUGCUAUGCUCAACACGGCUCGGUGGAGAAGGCGGAAGCCAUCAUGCAGAAAAUUAAAGAGUACCCCUCACAGGGGGUAAGGUUUCCAGUAUUGAAUUAUAAUGUUAUGUUGAAACUCUAUGCUCGGACAGGUCAAUAUGAGAAAUUGUAUGAUUUGGUGCGAGAAAUGAAAGAGGUGGACUUAUGCGACCGUGUCACUGUUAAUAUACUGCUGAAUGCCUUUGUGACAAUUAAUGAUAUAGGUCAGAUGGAGAAGUUACUGGCGCAGAUGGAAGUUAAUCCCCUGGUAACUGUGGACUGGUUAGCAUAUAGUACUGCAGCGGAUGGUUAUAUUAGAGCUGGCCAAUUUGAGAAGUCAUUGGCAAUGUUGAAGAAAUCAGAGCAAUUAAUCGAUGGCAAGAUCAGGAGGGUUGCCUAUGAAUCUCUUCUAACUAAGUAUGCUGCUAUUGGGAAAAAGGACGAUGUGUAUCGCAUUUGGAACAUCUGCAAAAACUUCAAUAAUUCCCGUAAUUCAAGUUACAUAAGCAUGUUAACUGCAUUAUCACGGUUGAAUGACAUUGAUGGAGCUGAGAGGAUUCUGGAGGAAUGGGAAUCAGGAAAUACAUGCUAUGAUAUCAGAAUUCCAAAUGUGAUGGUGAGUGCUUAUUGUAAGUUUGGUCUGUUGGAAAAGGCUGAAGCAUAUAUUGGGAGGCUUUUAGAAAGAAACAUUAAAUUCGAUGGAAGUAUAUGGGAUCGUUUGGCUGGUGGCUAUUGCAGGUGCAAAGAUAUGGAUAAAUCAGUUGAAACGUUGAAGAAAGCAAUGUUGGCUGGUCGACCAGGAUGGAAGGUGCAACCGUUUACUUUUGCUUCAUGUAUUGAGCAUGUAAAAGAGAAGAGAGAUUCAGAAUUGGCAUCGGAGAUUCUUAGGAUAUGCGGGGAACGAGGUUAUUUUACUGCUGCCACCCAUGAUAGAUUACUAAGUUAUAUGCAUGGUGAAAUCCCAGAAGUAAAUGCCUUAAAUCUGAUAAAAGAAGAUUAUCGUCUGAGGGGGGAGUUUUGAAGUUCCAGAUGGAGAGAAGCAGCAUGAAAAGUAACUCCAGGGAGAGGAUCAAUUUUGGCACCUAGAAGCUACUUAUUAAGCUUCUUUUAAUAAUUAAUUUUAGCUUUAGAAUCCAUUGUGGAGAGAUUUCCAGACAUGCCAUACUUCUCUUGCCUUGAAUAGGAAAAUUGAAAAACGUCUUAAUGAAUGUCUGAAAAAGAGGGCAAAAGGCCAUUGGACCACACUAAUGUGUGUGCGUCUGCGUCUGCGUGUGUUUCAAAUGCUUCAAUAGGGGCCUCUUCACCCCCCAGGCUUGGACCCGCAAAACUGAGGAAGCCAUUUAAAGAAGGAGUUACAAUAAUAGAUUGAAAAUGAGUGUGUUUGGUAACUCAUCAUAAGGACCUAGAAUCAACUUAGACCGCCUUAAAUCGAAUCUACCUUUCAUCAAAAAUGUUUGGGCGGUCAAUUAUAUAAUUGAUUUUAGAAGUAGAAGCGCGAAAUAAAAUUGCUCAUCUCUUGGCGUUAAACUGAGCGCAGCAAAGUUGACAAUUCUAUGUUCUUGCAAAUGGUGUAAGCUGCUUAAUUGAGGGCACAAUGCACCACACUAUCAAGCUACCCCAACAAACUGCAUGCAGAUUAUUCAUCCAAUUAUAAUUAUAGUUAAGUAUCAUUGGGGCCUAAUGGAAAAAAAUUCCA